AUGUCGUCAGUCGCAGGAACCGUGCCCUGCGCCGUUUGGGUAGCCGCCGUUGGGCUUGGGGUGUGCUCCGUACUGGAUCCCUUCCGCGUCAAUUCCUCAAAAUCCCGCCCUAAAUCUGAGCCAGAGGUCAACAUCGACGACGCAGGUGGUGCUGGUGGUAGUGAGCAAGAGCGAGAAUACGACCUCGGCAGCAUCACCGAAAAUGGGAAGGAACUCACACGGUCACGUAACGGCGGCUUUCAAUCCACCUCCGUCUCGAUCUUUGAGACUCGUACCACCAAACUACGUCUCGUCACCGCGUCGCAAAUCAUCUACGUGAACCCUAUGAAACUCACUACCAAAAAAUUUGGCUCUGAUGUCCUUCUGGCAGGUUAUCUACCCUUCUAA